AUGUUGUUGUUUUUGUUUCUUUCAGGUCAUAAACAAACAGUUGUUAUAGAUCACAAGCCUCAAACAUUGCUUCUUCUCCAGAACCAGGUGUCACAACUUCGCCAGGAUAAUAAACAAUUACGAGAACGUUUACAUGAAAAGACGGGCAGUAUUUCGUCUCUCGCAUCACUGGAUGAUACUUCGGAAUUAGAUCGCCUGCGUCGCAAACUUGAAGAAAUUGAGACAGAUCGACAGAGAUUACAAAAUCAGAUUCAGGAGAGCAAUGUGUUCCCAGAGGAGCAGAUACAGAACAUUCGUGUGUUAGAGGAAGAAAAUACGCAAUUGCAUAUACAAGUUAAACAAUUAAAGUCUGAAAUAAACAAUAUUAAAUCUAAUCAAGAUGUGCAAAAUACUGUAACUUUGACUACUGGUAAUAAUGUAGAUAAAACUAAAACAGAAUUAGAAUCUGAAAGUGCAAUUACACCUGAGAAAAGUGAAAGUUUGGAACAACUACCUGCAAAUGUUGCAAUGCAAGAAGUUGAUGAUAUUAAAAAAGAAAACACUGCUCUUCAGUCGGAGAACUCUUUGUUGACUGAAGAACUUGAGGCUCUUAGGGACACAUAUAACAAACUUGUUAUUGCAGGUGACAACUUGCAAGAAAUGUAUGAUCAGUUAGUGCUGGAGAAAGAACAAAUGCACGAAGAGAUGGAAAACAUUGUGACAGGGAAACAAGAACUUGCAAAAGAGAAUGAGUAUCUAUUAGCUGAUGGUAAUGCAAUGCAUGAUGAUAUUGAGAGAUUAGUUCACGAGGUGGAAAAGUUACAUGAUCAGAAUCGAAGCACUCUUAAAGAGAAAGAAGAUCUUGAGAGACGCUUUAGUGCACUUAAUCAGAGUAAUAAAGCUAGUGAUUUCACUAGAGUUGUAGAGGAGAGGGAUAAGCUAAGAGUUAAGGUUGACGAAUUGGAAAAAUUCUGUGAAGAACUUAAACAAAAUCAUGACAUUGUCAUAGAAGAAAUACAGAGUGUUCAGACCACUUGCCAGAGAGCUGAGUAUGAAAGGGACCAAUUACAACAAGAAUUUGAUUCAUUACAGGAUGAGUUUGAAAAUGUUCAAGGUUCUCAGGAAGGGUUACAGCAAGAUUAUAACCAGUUAGAACAGGAUUAUUCCGACCUGCUAGCGGAUAAAGAGAAACUAGAACAAGAGUUUCUAGAUGUACAGACUGCCAGUGUUAAUGUAGAGAAUCAUGACCCAGCUGUUGUUCAGGAGAAAGAAAAACUUCAACAGGAAAAUGAAGUACUAAUGAUGGAAAAGGAACAGUUAGAGAUGACAAUGAAUGAGUUAUCCAAGUCAAAUGCUCUAAUACAAGAAGAACUUGCAAGUUUACGUUCAGCAUUAGAAUUAAACGAGAAAAAAGAGGAGAAAGAUUCAAAUAAACAAGAUAGUGGUGUUAAUACAGAAACAAUAACAACAGUAAAUAACAAGGAAGGAAUGGAUAAAGCUACAAUAGAUGUUGUUGUUGAAAAAGAUCGAAGAAUACGUUCGCUUCAGAUACAGAUUUCACGUCUACAGCAACAACUUGCCGAAUCAGAUGGUCACUACCGUGGUGUUAUCAGUACAUAUAGGACUCAUUUACUUAGUGCUGUACAGGGUCACAUGGAUCCAGAUGUGAAACAAGCUUUAUAUAACAUCAUUGAGCUGAGAAGUAUGGAACAGUUUUGUUAGAACUUCUCAAACUACAUCAUACAUUCCAGCACUCCAUUAGCAGACAAAGUGAUCAAAAAAUAAUUCAUUCCAAUCAAAACUGCCAGUUUGAAUUUGACUAAUGUUAACUUAAAAAGAACAGAAAAAAGUGACUUUUUAGGGAGAGAUUAAACUGAACAUGGGUUUACACCUUAUAUGACAGAUUCCUUAUAGAAAUUUUCUUUAGAAUCAUGCAUUUUUCGGAAGAUUUAAACUUGUACUACCUUUUUACUUUACCAAAACUUCCCAGAAUCAAAGGGCUAAAGUUUCUUCCCAAUGAAGGAUUAGAAUCAAAUCAGGUAAAAACUCAGUAUUUUAAAAUGUUGAAUAGCUCCGAGAUGAACAAAUUAGGAAAGAAAAUAGAAAGAGCAUGGAAAAAUUUUAUUAAUCAAUAGCAACUUCUUUUGUCUUAACAUCUUGAAGAUUGUUUAUGUUGUUUCUAUGUUAAAUGUGCCAUUUAUAUUCAGAUAUAUUUUUACAAUUUUUUUGUACAAUUUCAUAUUUUAUUUUUUAUGAUAUAUUGUAUAGACAAAAGCAUUACUGAUACAUGUAUAAUCAUUUUGAU